GUUCCCACGAUCCAGCGUAAGUGUUGUACUUAUUCAGAAAAACAAGUACGCAAGCGAGGAUUGUCGCUAAAAGUAACCAACGGCAAGAUUUGUUUUGAUUGUAUAAUUUAAAAUUCAAAUGAAGUGUGAUACACUACGAGAAGAUUAAGUGUCUAUUUCCAAACAUUGUACUGACACUGAGAUAAGUGUUUAAAGCUUAAAAGCAUUACUGAAGCGCAGUGAGGCAGAAAGUAGUUCGAUUACGCACGGACGCUGUGCAGUGCGACACGUGAAAGUUAAGCUGCUAUGUUGUUAUUUUUUAAGUAGUCUAAAAUGAAAAUUAAACGCAUGUCUGCUUUUGCUAUUUAUCGUUCCAUUCCUACAGAAAAAUGUGGUUUGCAGGAAAAGAUGUCCAAGUCAUCAGAAAACAUUUCUUCAAAAAAGACAAAUGCUGGAUUACAGAUGGUUUCAGGAAUUCAAAAACUUAAAAAGAAACAAAAGAACAUGAAGAGCAAAAAGAAUGGGGCUAAACAGAGGUGUCCAGUGGUAAAAGAAGCCUUUGAGGACACCUGCCAUAAUUCACAAGUGACAAAGGAACCACAGAGUAAAGCUGGUGAUGGCAGUGACGUUGGAUCAGUACACUGUGAACUAGUUCUAAAGAAAACUAAAAAAGUGGUGCUGAAAUUGAAGAGACAGAAGCAAGAGAUCACACCUGGUAUUUCCCGAACUAAAGUGGUGAAUGGAAAUUGCAAGCCUAAGGUUGUUGUGCAGACUCCCAAGAAAUUCCCAGAGGACCUUGAAUGUUGGGGGCAAUGUUCUCUGAAAACUCUUCUUCAAGACAUUGGAAAACUACAGAAUAGCAAGGACAGAGCAGCCAAGAUGUUUGAGUGGAUGAUAGCACCCGUUUCACCAACACAGUUUUUCAGUGAGCUGUGGGAAAAGAAAUCUGCACUUGUAAGGCGUUGUAAGCCAGACUACUACAAAGGCUUGUUUUCUACUGCUGAGUUUGACAGAAUUCUUAGAGAGAAUGAUGUUCAGUUUGGUGUAAAUUUAGAUGUUACAAGCUAUAGUGGUGGAAAAAGAGAGACCCACAAUCCUCCUGGAAGGGCGUUGCCUCUUGUCGUGUGGGACUAUUACAAGAAUGGCUGCUCUCUUCGAUUAUUGAAUCCACAAUCUUUUUCACUUAACGUUUGGAAUGUUCUGUCCAUUCUUCAGGAGCAUUUCUGCAGCAUGGCAGGAACUAAUGUGUAUUUGACUCCUCCUGGCACUCAAGGCUUUGCUCCACAUUAUGACGAUAUAGAAGCAUUUGUAUUACAGCUGGAAGGGAAAAAGCACUGGAGAGUUUACAAGGCAAGAUCAAAUGACGAGGUUUUACCACAGUUUUCAAGUCGUAAUUUCAGUCAAGAUGAGUUAGGAGAAAUUGUGCUGGAUACUGUACUGGAAGCAGGGGAUCUGCUGUAUUUCCCUCGAGGAGUUAUCCACCAAGGAGAUUGCCUUCCUGAUCAGCACUCCCUCCAUAUCACAUUGUCUACGUAUCAGCGGAAUUCCUGGGCUGAUUUGUUGGAGAAGCUUCUUCCAGCUACUCUGCAGAGUGCCAUAGAAGAAGAUUUAGAGUUCCGUACUGGUCUUCCUUUAGAUUACCUUGAGUAUAUGGGAGUACAGAAUUCAGAAAGUAAUGACCGCCGCAGAGCUUCAUUCAUUGAGAAGGUUCAUAGCCUAAUUAAGAAGCUGACGAAUUAUGCACCAGUUGAUGCAGCAGUGGAUCAGAAAGCUGUUAAUUUUCUCCAUGACUGCUUGCCACCAGUAUUAACACAAGAAGAAAAAGCACUGAGUGUGCAUGGUGCUCCAGCCAGAUGGGAAAAUGGUGAUGCCAGAGAUGUAGUUGUAAAGACAGAAGGAAGAACACGAAUACGACUUCUCAGGAAACACAUAGCCAGGUUAUGUAGUGGAGAUCCCAGUUUACUGCUCUACUAUUCAGCUGAAAAUUCUAGAGUGUACCACAAAGACGAGCCAAAAUUCUUAGAAAUUGAUUCAGAGUAUGCAGAUGGGAUUGAAAAACUGAUCCACUCCUAUCCAAAAUAUAUCACAGUCGACAGCCUUUCUGGUGAGACUCUGGAUGACAAGGUUUCCUUAGCUUCUGCCCUGUUUGAGAAGGGUCUUAUUCUCAUCAAGAAGCCAACAACUUCAUUAGAGGGAAAUUAAGUGCAACUGUGGACUUUCGGUAAACAACUUGAAAGCCAUUUUUGUAAAUAUGCGUGAAGACCAGUGCAAUUUGGAAUGCAUGUUUUUUAUUUCUUCAUAAUGUAUAAUGAUUAAAAAGUGUUAAUGAUUAAAAAGCUCCUUUUUUACUACA